AUGAGCUCUGGCUCAGCCCAGGAUGUGGCAGUCGAGCAUUUCCUGCGUGACAUAGAGAGGCGAAGCAAGCGGCUACACUGCGCUGUGAUCGGAUGCGAGGAGGAGCGACCCCGCAGCGACAUGAACCUGCUGUAUCGUAAGAGCCGUUUGGACUGGAGGCAGAGGGACCAAGAGGGAAGCAAAAAGAGCUCCACCCAAAACGACCCCUCAGCUACCGUUGGUAAAGUCCGCGACUUGGCUUCUUUCCGCCGACAUUUCCGGAUGGGUUUCAUGACCAUGCCGGCCUCCCAGGACCUGUCCCCUCACUCCUGUGCCUCUGCCAUGGCGCCGCGCUCGCAGUCCUGCCACGCCGUCGGUGCCGGGGAUACGAGUCUAGACAACGACGAUUACUCUGACACCCAGUCCCAGCACGGUGGCCGCUGCCCCCCCGCCAAACCCAAACGUCAUCCAAGCACUCGCCUCACCUCGUCAUCCGCCGACAGCAGAGGACACCCCGAGAUGCCGCCACCCACUCACUCACAGUCCAAACACUCAGAGAAGAAAAACGCCAUGAAGAAGUCUGACUCUGGAGAGAUUGGACCCAAAAAGGUGCCUCCUUUAAAGCCCAAGAGAAGUCCCAGCACCCAGCUUACCUUCGACACCCUUCCUCCACGCGUGCCUCCUUCUGCCACAUCCCUGCCUUUCCAGGCAACAGACUCUCAGAUUCAGAGGGGAGACAGGGAUGAUGAGCCAGUCUAUAUAGAGAUGGUGGGCCAGGUGUUCACCAGAGACAGCCAAACAGCCACCCCUCACCCCGUCACCCCGGUGGCCACAACACCAGAUUCUGACUCGGACCAGAGUGAGGCCAUCUAUGAGGAGAUGAAAUACCCGUCGCAAGAGGACAGAAAUUCCCAUCGACAUCUCCCUCACAAACACGAGAAACUUAAAAACUCCAAACACUACCACGUCACCCCCUCCUCCUCCAACAGCUCCUCCUCUUUACCGCGCCCCUCCUCUUCUUCUCCCUCGUACUCCAAACCCAAAGCUACCGUGUCGAUCUCUCAUUCAUCUCCUCUGCCCUCCUCCGCAUCCUCCACCCCCAUCCCGCAGGUCCUCUCCACCAGUCCACACACGCCACGUGCUCCCACUCCUUACCUGCUGCAAGGGAGUAAAUCCGAGUCAGAGCCAAACACCAAGAUCCCGGCACCUUUCCCCAAUCUCCUGCAGCACCGGCCCCCGCUGCUCGCCUUCCCUCAGCCUGCAGCUGCCUCCAGCGGGGUCGGGGUGCAAAACAAAGGGUCUGCCUCUGCUAAAAUGGGAACUCAAACCUCCAGUGCGACCACACAAGCCAGCCUCUCCUCAUCAUCCUCUUCUAAUCUUCCUAUAUCCCUGUCGGGCUCCAAGGAGUCGUCGGGAGGAAGUUCGCAGCAGGAUAAACACAACAGAGACCAGUUGGGUCCAGCUCCCGGACUGAGAGCCAGGAGUCACUCGACGCCCCUGCCUCCUUCCUCCAAAUCCACCUCCCCUUUCUCCCAUCACCACCACCACCCGCACCAUCGCCCCUCACACUACCAUCACUAUCGCAAGCCAGAGAGGGGAGACUCCCCAGCUCCCAUCAAAGACAGCUCUCAGACUUCCAAACAGUCCACCGCCCAGACCCAAACCUCAAGUUCAGGCAAGGAGGGCAAGUCUGUUAGCUUCCUGUUGAAAUCCGAUAAAGGAGAGAGGGAUAAGGAUAGGGACAGGGACAGGGACAGGGACAGGGACAGGGACAAGGAUAGGGAUAGGGACAGGGACAGGGACAGGGAUAGGGACAGGGACAGGGACAGGGACAGGGACAGGGACAGGGACAGGGACAGGGACCGAGACAGAGACAGGGAGAGAGAGAGAGAAAGGGAUCGGGAUAGGGACGGAGGACCUCACUCCUUACCGAUCGAAUGCCUCACUGCCAGUAGCAGCCAAACAACUCAAAGCAACACCAGCUCAACCCCAACGCCGUUAUCCUCAUCCCAACGUCCUCAUUCUCGCCCACAUCUUCGCUCUCACACGCCGCACAGCCUGCCAGCGUACAAGCCCCCCUCUUCAGACAGCCCCCUGCUGUGGACCUACCCCUCUGGUGGCUUCCGGAGGCCGCCGGCUUACGAGAGCCUGAGAGGAAGCUCUCAGACGCCGUCGCUGCAGCAGCCCUUCAGUCUCACCGGCAUAGGUGAAAGGGUAUCCAAGAGUAAUGGAGGGUCUGCGUCCCACCAUUCAAAAGUUGGCUUCAUGCCAUGGGACAGCAGUGCCAGUUUAACCGCGGACGAGGGGUCUUACUGGCCUAUGCACAGGAAACUGUCCUUCAGCCACGGGAGCAGAGAAACAGAGAAGGAUGAAGGGCGUGCAUGGAAUGGAAGUGCCGAUGCCUUGUUAAGGAUGGAUAAAGAGGAGCUGGGGUCGGGGUCUCGAGGAGGCCACUCAGGCAUCCCAGUCCACUUCAGUGGCGCCACCAGCAGGGCCCUCGGUCACAGUGAGUCCUUGGCUGGUGUUGAUAACAGCCUGGGAUUCAGAGCCCUGCCCAGAUUAGGGCUGCCUCUUCCCUGCCAGACAUUCCCCGCCUGUCGCAAUGGAGAAGUGGGGCGGCUGGGCCGCUCCUCCUCUGCUGCUGGAGUGAGACAUGUGGGUGGAGGAGACGUCCAUAGACAGAACAGUCUACCAGGACGAGAAGCCCUGAUUCAGCUGCACGGUCUCGCCCAGCCACCAGCGCCCUGCAGUCCCAGCAGUCCUAGCGUGUCCCGGCAGCAGCAGCAGCUUCAGCUCCACCAGCAGCAGCUUCAGUUAAAGCAGCAGCUCCAACAGCUUCAGCAACAGCACCACCUGCAGCUGCAGUUCCAGCAGCUCGCCCAGCUGGCCCAGGGACAGCCUCAUGUCAGCGGAGGCACCACCCAUUCCACAAUGCAGAGCCAGAGAGACGGCAAGCUGCUGGAAGUCAUAGAGCGUAAACGCUGCCUGUGCAAAGAGAUCAAGGCCCACAGGCGCCCUGACAAAAGCCUGUGCAAGCAGGACAGCAUGCCCAUCCUCCCUAGCUGGAGACGGACACCUGAGCCUCGUAAGACUGGCACGCCACCCUGCCAGAGGCCGCAAGCCGUCGUGUGGGACACUGCUAUCUGA